GGUGGGUUGAUUCAUUCUUGCAGGCACGGACGUUGUUGCACCUGUGCCAGUCUCUGCUUUGGUAGCAGUCUCACUCACAGAUUGACGGACUCCGGACACUGAUUCAUCAACUACUUAUGUAACAGAUCUUACAGGAUGAACAAAGAGUACACCAAGGUCAGUCCCUCUGAUCCCUCCGUAAACGCCUACACCACCACCCUGUCCACUGUGAAGGCCGAGAUCGACUACAAGCGCAAGAAGUGCCGCUACGUCCGCAAAGAUGGCAAGUGCAAUGUCCUGUUCCGCCAUGUUCCUGAGGAGUGGCUCAUGUAUGUCACCGACAUCUUCACCACGCUGGUGGAGAUCAGAUGGCGCGUCAUGUUCCUCAUCUUUGCCCUCUCCUACAUCUUCUCCUGGCUCUUCUUUGGCAUCAUCUAUUGGGUGAUUGCCAUGGCUAACGGCGACAUGAAAGACCCUACUAACGCCCCCUGCGUGUACGAGGUGAGGGACUUCACUGGGGCUUUCCUCUUCUCACUGGAGACCCAGACCACGAUCGGUUAUGGUUUUAGAGGGAUGUCGGAGAACUGCAUGGUGGCGAUCAUCGUUGUGACUGUGCAGGACGUCAUCAGCUGUUUUAUUGACACAUUUGUCAUUGGUAUCGCUGUGGCGAAGAUGGCAUCGGCACGGAAACGGGCGCAGACGGUGGGCUUCAGCAACUGCGCCGUCAUUAACUUGCAAAAUGGGCAGUUGUGCCUGUCUUGGAGGAUUGGGGACUUCCGCCGGCACCACAUGGUGGAGGGGAAGGCUCGCGCCCAAAUCUUCCGCCCCAACAUGCACGCCACAGGCACGGAAGAUGUCAACUACAAGGACCUGGAAAUCAAACAGAGUGAUUUAAUUUUAGCGAUACCAACCACCAUCAUCCACGUUAUUGAGCCAAGUAGUCCACUCUACCGCAUGAGCCUAGAGGAUCUUCGGAAAGAUGACUUUGAGUUGGUGGUGUCCUUCACCUACACAGAUGACUCGACGGGCAUCCUGCACCAGACCCGCACCUCCUACACGCCCGACGAGAUCCACUGGGGACAUCUGUUCCAAGAGAUGCUGAAUGUUAACCGGAGGUACUACAAGGUAGACUACUCCAUGUUCCACCACACUGCUAAGGUCCUGGUUCCGGAGGUCAGUGCAGAAGAGUACGAGCAAAUGAAGCUUGGGCAUUACCCACGCAACUCGCCGCGCCCCAAGCGCCCAUGCAUUAAUCGCAAACCCCCGACUGUGACUGUAGAACUGGUGAACGGCACCCCAGAACCAAAGGAACAUGUAGCCAUGGUUGCCACUAUUGCAGCAGUUUGUGAGGAUCACGGACAUUUGUGUCUUACAAGGAACCCCGUUCUGACAUAGAUGUUCUACUGAUAUGAUGAUGCCAACACAGUGAUCAAUGGCCAUUCAGAAACAUAUGAACUCAUGGACAAUUUGAUAAUUUCUUCAUAGGCAACAGUAAGAGCAGGCUGUGUACUUAGUGGAAUUUCUUGCAGGAAGUAACCCCCCCAACCCGCACACACACACACACACAAAUGUGGAAACUGCUGUCAUGUUGCUUGCUAAGUUUUUUUACUAUCUAUGGUGGAGUCACAAUAUAUAAAUCAAACAAUUAUACAAUGUCUGCUCCUCAAUAUGAUAGAUAGGCUACUGAAAUCAAAGAGAUACAGAAAAUGAAUAAAAAUAAGAUAAUCAUGAUUUUUAUGGAGAGGUUAUGGUAACUUAGUACUGUCAUCUACAACAGAAAGUACUAUAUAGAGAUGCAUUUAUUUUCAGAAUAUGUUUUGAUGUGUGAGAUAAAAUGCUUUUUUUUAUUUUGUGAGUGCUUUGUAAAAUAUGUACAGUGCCUUCAGAAGUACCCCUUGACUUAUUUCACAUUUUGUUACAGCCUGAAUACAAAAUGGAUUCAAUAUUUGUUUCUCACCCAUCUACACACAAUACCCCAUAAUGACAAAGUGAAAUCAUUUAGAAAUGAUUGCAACUUUAUUUAAAAUGAAAUACAAAAAUAUCAAAUUUACAUAAGUAUUCACACUCCUGAGUUAAUACAUGCUAGAAUCACCUUUGGCUGUGAUUACAGCUGUGAGUCUUUCUGGGU